GCAGAGGGAAUGAGAACCAGACAGGGAAGAGUUGAGUAGCUUUACUUUAAGAAAAUGUUUUUUCUUUGUUAUUAUAGGACGUGGACAUAGCAGGAAUUGGACAAAUACUUCCAUUAUUAGGCACAUAAUUCCAUGAAGACCCAGUGGAUCGCUUUUACCUUCCACAGGAGGAAAACUUAAGGUGAUGCUCAGCCUGCUUUACAUUCAUACAGGUAUUCACAGGCUGCAAACACUCUCAGGAUGUGAGCACCGCACGUACCUGCUCUGCUUUGAGGGUUUUCUUGGAUAUGGAAGACGAAUGGGAAGAAGAGGAGCAGCUUGUUGUGAUGGAGCUCUCAGGAAUAAUACACAACGACUUUCUGUCCAAAUGUCAGAGCACAUGUAAGAUACUGGAUAUAGACAGUGAGAGACCCAUGAUGCAAGUUGGACCGUAUUUGUUUGCAGGAGAGUAUGAAGAUGCCUUUGGAACUUGCGUGGCUUUUGAAGAGGUACCACGAAAAGGAAAAGCAAACAGUGGUCCAGAACUCAAAUACCUGUGCCACACCAUGAAGAAACUGUCAAUGCAACGGAUCUUUCUAUCUGAAAAGAAAGACGGUGAAACAAUCACAGCAGGAGGAAACAGUGAAGAGAAAUUCACAAGCAACCAGUCUAAUCAAGAGGAAAAUGUGAACAAACAGGAAGCAAUAGAAGACUCUAUGGAGAACAAAGAUAUGGACUCAGCAGUUGGCUGAAAAAUAAGGAGUGUGUAAAAAUGAUACAAUCCCUCUAUAGGACGUAUGACUGUCAAGGUCUGAGAGUUAGAAAUGUAUAUUUUUAAAUAGCAAUGGAUGGUUUUCUGUUAGUUUGCAAAAUAAAUCAGUUUUGUUUAG